GUGCGCCCGAGCCGCCCAGGCCUGAGGCAGCCGCUGCAGGCGGGCAGCCGCCGGGGGGCUGCGCGAGUGGGACCCGGCCCCCGGCUUGGCCGUAGUAACGCAGCCGGAGCCCCGCUGCUGUCGGGUUCGCAUUGUGCGCGGUCCUAGCCCCCGGGCAGGGUGGCCCGCACUGACGCGGGAGCGGGGUAGGUUGCCCUUGGGGUUCGCGUCAGGAGAACAAAACACCGGUCGGGUUGCUGCCCCGCAGCCCUCCCUGUGUGAGACCCCCGCAGCAGCGGCCGCCGGAGGAACCCGACCUUGCCUCUCAACAGCAGAGCGUGGUGUCAUCGGGCCGCGGACAUCCCGCUGUAGCAUCAGAAUAACCCUGCCCUUCGUUUCUUGCACUACCAGAGCGUGCACUGGUCUUUGCUGUCUCACAUCAGAUCUAUCCCUAUGGGAGCUGGCUGAAGCAGCAGCAAGAGGAGGGGGCGGCUAACCAACCCUGCCCUGGUUGGGUUAUUUUGUAGCACCAACAUGCGCUGAUCUCUGCCUUGCAUCAAACCCAUCCCAGCCGUGUGAGUGAGUGAGCCCCACCUGAAGCAGCAGCAGGAGCAAGAGGCUGCCGCUAGCCCUGCCCUCACUGGGCUUGCAUUAGCACAGCAUGCAUUGAUUUGCUGCCUUGUCUUAGACCCAUCCCAGCCAUCGGGGUGCGUGGUGCAUGGUGUGGGAGAUACACUGUCUCUAUAAUAAAUGAUAGAGGAUACAAUGACUUUGCUGUCUCUGCUGGGCCGGAUCAUGCGUUACUUCUUGCUAAGACCAGAGACCCUGUUCCUGUUGUGCAUCAGCCUGGCCCUCUGGAGUUACUUCUUCCACACAGAUGAGGUGAAAACCAUCGUCAAGUCCAGCAGGGAUGCUGUGAAGAUGGUGAAGGGCAAAGUGGCCGAGAUCAUGCAGAAUGACAGGUUCGGUGGGCUGGAUGUGCUGGAUGCGGAGUUCUCCAAGACCUGGGAGUUCAAGAGCCACAAUGUGGCUGUCUACUCCAUCCAAGGGCGAAGGGACCACAUGGAGGACAGGUUCGAAGUGAUCACGGACCUAAUCAACAGGACCCAUCCCUCUAUCUUCGGAAUAUUUGAUGGGCAUGGAGGAGAGUCAGCAGCAGAAUAUGUGAAGUCCCGCCUGCCUGAAGUCCUGAAACAACAUCUUCAAGACUAUGAGAAAGACAAAGAGAACAGUGUGUUGUCUUACCAAACCAUCCUGGAACAGCAAAUUCUAUCAAUUGACCGAGAAAUGCUGGAAAAAUUGACUGUAUCCUAUGAUGAAGCAGGUACUACCUGUUUGAUUGCAUUGCUAUCAGAUAAAGAACUUACAGUGGCCAAUGUUGGUGAUUCACGGGGAGUCCUGUGUGAUAAGGAUGGAAAUGCUAUCCCUUUGUCACAUGAUCACAAACCCUAUCAACUGAAGGAGAGAAAGAGGAUUAAAAGAGCUGGUGGCUUCAUAAGCUUUAAUGGCUCCUGGCGUGUACAGGGGAUUCUGGCCAUGUCCCGCUCGCUAGGAGAUUAUCCACUGAAAAAUCUGAAUGUUGUUAUCCCUGACCCAGAUAUUCUGACCUUUGAUCUGGACAAACUACAGCCGGAGUUCAUGAUCUUAGCAUCUGAUGGCCUGUGGGAUGCUUUCAGCAAUGAAGAGGCUGUUCGAUUCAUCAAGGAACGCCUGGAUGAACCACAUUUUGGUGCAAAGAGUAUAGUUCUGCAGUCAUUUUAUAGAGGAUGUCCUGAUAACAUAACAGUUAUGGUGGUGAAGUUCAGGAAUAGCAGCAAAACAGAAGAACAGUGAAUUUAUAACAGCUCUCUCCCUCUUCUCUGAUGAACUUAAAACAAACUCUUGCAUUUUAAUGUAGUAGAAAGUUCUAGUAAUUAUCAUUAGGAUUGUAUGUAAAAGGAAUGGGAAAGAUCUGAUCUGUUCUUUGCUGAACAAAAAGAACAACACGGCAAGUAUGUUUUGGAUAGUUAUAAUAAUUAAGUUUCCCACAUUGUCCUGUCUCACAUGACCUGCCCCUCCUUUGAAAUGGAAGGGUCGAGUCAUAUUAUAGUUAAUUCUAAGGUUUAAAAUUCCUGCCUACGGUUUUUUCAAAUACUGAUGAUUUCUUAACUUUCCCUUCUAAUAGCUGAAGCUGCAUUCAGAUUGGCACUGAAGGGGUAAGGCAGUCAUAAGCGAGCGAUAGGAAUGACACUGCUUUUCACUCAUAUAUGUAACUAACCUCACAACUGCACUCUUCAAUGCUUCGCAUCCUUGUUUAUCUAAUCUGCAGUGAUAGAUUGAAAAAGAUUUGUAAUUAUUGGUCUGUGUUUUACAUGAAGGAAAAAGAGAAGUUAAACACUAGCCUCUGCCAGUCCACAAUUGGCCACACUCUUCAUUUUUUUAAAUUAAAUAGGCCCUUUCUACUACAUAAUUAGGUAAAUAAUUGAGUUCCCUGCAUCCAUAUGACUAUCCAUUCCGUGUAUGAUUUUCAUUACACUUCCCCUAUGCCAUACUGUAUUCAAUUCAACUGAUAAACUCCCUCAGCAAAUUCAGAGGUCUGAUGCCUUCAGUCACCAAGGAACUAGUUCUCUCAUUGUUGAAGAAUGCCUAGCAUUGAUUCAUUCACACUUUCUUCUGCUUUUUAGCAAAGAAUUUUCAGAGACAAGUAAAGAAAAAAAUACAAGAUGCUUUCAAGCAAGGCAGAACUUUUUAUGAUGUUCUAAGGCGUUUCAGUAACACUGAAGCUUAAUUCAAAAUAUUUGUCAAGGAAGAAAAACCUAAAACAACAUUUACAAGGCUUAGUGUUCAACUCUGUACACCACCAUUGCCAUGUAAGUUAUUGGGAAUAUGCUUUAGUGGUGAAACGUUCUCAUAACUCUAACCACAAAACUUUUAAGUUCUGAUUUUCAACAAUAAUUGUAUUUGGAAUCUGUGAAUAAUCUACAUUUUAUUAUAGACAGCAACCUUCCAAAUCUGGUAUAGAUCUGGAAAUUUUAGGCAUUGCUGGUUGCUUUAUCAUAUAGUGAUCUGGAAACAGAACAGUAACAGAGACUAGAUAGUGUCUUAGAAGAAACCUUGGAUUCUCUUUGUGAAUAAUAGGUCAUACAUACUAAUGAAAACCAGAAAAUCUAAAACAGAAAGAAGAGUGUGGGCACAGGCUUCUUACGUCAUUUUGAGACCUUCAUGGAAUUGAUUCUUUAAGUGAAAGAUUUAAUUAAAAGAUCCAACUGCUGUACUAAGGGGAAAAAAAUCAAAUUUAGUGGAUUUUUAAUUGUACCUUGCAAUCAAACUGAAGUGGUAAGAGGAAAUAUUAAUGAUCACGCUUCAGUUAAAUUGCACUGAUCUCAUUUCUAACGCUCUUCCAGGUUAGAGUACUCUGAAAUGAUGUGAAUGUUUUGCAGAGGUUUCAUGAUGGUCCUUUUAAGUGUGAAACCGUGUACAAUGCUGGAGCAGGAAUUCUCAAAGUGGGCUCCAAGGAGCACUUGCUGGUCACAUGGUGAAGCUUUACCUUCCCCUUUCCAUCUGCUUUGAGAGGCAGACAGGCCUCUCCUUGCAGAAAAGAACCCAAAUGGUUGUGGAAACAGCUGCUUAGGAGAAAGAGAGACUGUGAGGUUUACUCCACUAAGGGACCACUACAAAUGUAGAGGAGGAACCAGUAAGCAUGAGCAGGGAAUAUAGCCCUGGAGCUAUCUCAAUCAAGUACUUCAGCAGAAAGCUGAAUCACUUCAGCCUGUAGCUACAAUCUUGCUGUAAUGAAUCUAUCAGUUAUCAGUUAAGUCUUUCAUACAUACACAGGUGGGGAUCUGGAACUAGAAUGAUGGUCCUUCAGCUACCAAAAACCCCCUCUCUGUGCCUCUACCACAUGAGCUAAAGGGAAUUUCUCAAAGCAGGUACUAAGAUUAGGCCCUGUACCCUCCCUGUCGCUCAGCCAGCAGAUCACAGAAGGGAACUCCAGAGCUCUACAGGCGUGCAGCUCGAGUCACUUCACCUACUGUGAAGCAGCUAGACCUGUAUCAGGAGCCCAGGAAAAAGGAUUUGUCUGUGUUGUUAACUGUACAUGUACAAAUUCAAGUACCAUAGCUGACACAGGUAAGGUGUGGGGUGGUGAUUGGGAAGGUAGGUAGGUGAUCCAUGAGACACUGUUGCCUUAGCAGUGAGCCAGUCUAGAGCCCUGGACAGGACUAUUCUUUAAGCCUGCUCCUACUAUUAUGGCAGCAGGAUCUGUGUGAUCCUAGUCCUCCCGCAAGGCUGGGCUCUCCCACAGUCCAGAAGCAUUUGAGAAACCCAGUACUGGAUCACAGAAUUGCUUUGCGGGUGGCACUGACCUACAUAUUUAUUCCAGGAUUAAUACUCAGAACCUACUCUCGUCUGAUACCUGAACAAAGCUAUUUCAGCCUAUGUUCAGUGUUUGCAUUUGGGAAAGCAUUAGUUAUUGUUCUAUCUUUCUUGAAUUUUCCUUUUAUUGUGAUCCUUGACCAUUAACUCCUUUGCUAUGCACUGUGUAUGAAACCUGCGGCUUUACUAGUCUGCCAUAGCACUGUCAAUAAUUGCAAUAACUCCCUUCCUUUGCCAAAGAAAUUCACUUCCACCAUCUGUGUUUGAUACAACUGGUGGAUUUUAUUCUUAAAAAAAAAAAAAUGGGGGGGGGCACUGAGAGACUCACUUUAGAGUUAAAGAAAGUGGUAUAUGAAGAGGGCAGGGACUGUGCAAAUUUGCCCCCACACUCUGUCAAUGCAUCUACCUUAAAAACCUACUUUCCUAAAGCCUGCCAGUCAUACUGAGCCAUGCUGAAGUCUAUAGUGAUUUUGUGAGGUGGACGGCUACCUACUAGGGACAAGACUAAGAUGAUCUACAUCUCACUUAUAAAAGCCUUUAAUGUUCAGGUGGUUGGGACACUCACCUGGGAUGUGGGAAACCAAGGCUCAAGGCACAGCUCCACCUCAAAGUGGGGAUUUGAAAACAGGCCUCCUGUCUCUCAGCUGCAUGCCCAAACCACUGGCCUAUUGUGUAUUCCUGGUGGGGGUGGACACAUUGCUUUGCCCCUACCCCCCAAAAAUGUCCUGAUCUGGUUGCCCCAAGCUGUCUUUAAGGGGGUUAGGGGUGCUCAGCACAUACCUAUUGGAUCAGGCACCACAGGCAAGAGAGGCAGGGAAUGCCUCGCUUGCAGUGAGCAGCUUGGUGGUAUUACCUUCGGUGCUUUUGCACAUGCCCAGUAGCAGAAACUUAGGCACCUGGGGAGCUUAGGUGAGUGCAGGGUUAGGCAGCAUCUGAGCAGGGGUUUUGAGGAUUUCAGUGGCACCUAAGUGUGGACUUAAGCAUCUAAAGGGGCAGCUAGGCACCUAAGUCCCUUUGUGGAUCUAGCCUAAAGUGGCUGUAUCCAUUUCCAAGUACCUGGAACCUUGAGUCUGUGUCCAGAUGAGAGAGGCUGCUAUAUUAAACUGGUGCCAGUGUCCAACAUAUGUAUUGUUCAUUAUUAAAUAUUGUAAACUUGUAGUUACCCCUCACUUUUUAAAAAAAAAAUGUUGCUCUUAUUGGCAAUGGUAUUCUAAACUGGUGAUUUUCCAGAGCCAAAUUAGCUGAGUACACUUUUAUACAUAUUCUUAUGGCAGACCCUUGCAGUUUUACUGUGUUGUGUUAUACGAGUGCUGUACUGUGAACUCUUCACAAAGACUGUGCUUUAAUAAUUAGAGCUAUAAUCUAUCCUCAUAUUCUGUCUGUCAGCAAGGUCCUGAUGUGCAUAAUACACUGCCUUUCUGUGUGAUCAUCUCUCCCUCUAGUGUCUUGCCCAAGUAUAGUAGCCUACUGACUGAAAGUUAAUAGAGUAGAACCUCAGUUACGAACACCAGUUACAAACUGACUGAUCAACCAUGCACCUCAUUUGGAACUGCAGUCAGGCAGGAGUAGACCCCCACACCCACCCACCCCAAAAAAGGCAAAUACAGUAUAGUACUGUGUUAAACGUAAACUACUGAAAAAAACAA